AUGAAGGAUCAGCAACAAAAACAACCUGUCUAUUCCAAGGAACUGGAGUCACAACUUCGCGACAAUAUGUUUAAAGGCUAUGAAGUAUUGCAGCGUCCAAGAGAGUUGGUGCUGAUCAAUGUCUCUCUCAGUAUACUCACUAUUAAUGACAUGAGCAUCAAAGACCAGACUUUAUCGAUGACCGGUUACCUUUCACUGGCAUGGCUUGACGAACGUCUAGCGUGGUAUGAGGACUCAACUUAUGACGCAAUCAAAUAUAUGUUCAGCACGGAGACCUAUGUUUGGCGCCCUGCCCUCCUAAUUGACAACGCGGUAUAUGGUAUAUCUGUCAUCAGUGAUGUAAACACCCCAAUGAGGAUAAAAGACAAGGGUAUUGUUACAUGGACGCCUGCCGAUAUCUACACUGUGUCUUGUGAGUCCAACAUCAUGUAUUAUCCUCUCGACAUCCAGACCUGCACAUUAUCACUCACAUCAUGGGCGUACACAAGCAAUGAAAUCAGUCUCGAUUUUGAAACCAACCCUGUAUAUCUUGAUUCCUAUAUACCAAAUGGAGAAUGGGAGCUCAUUUCUACAUUCGGACUUAUUACAGGAAGUCGGUCGAAAGGUGACAAUAGUUUUUCAAAUGUCAAAUUUUCAAUCAUUCUGAGACGUCGCCCUCUCUUCCAUGUUCUGAACACUCUGUUUCCUGUAGCGUUGAUGGCUGUGCUGAGUGCCAUGGUAUUCAAACUUCCUGUAGAAUCCGGAGAGAAGAUAGGAUUUGCCUUGACCGUUCUCCUGGCGUACGCUGUUUAUUUGACAUUGAUUUCCGACAACAUUCCUAGUACAUCGGUCUCCGUUUGUUACUUAUCUAUCUACCUCAGCUUGAUCUUGACAUACGGAACACUAUCCGUCCUGUGUACUAUCUUGGUGAUAAACUUCCACUCGCGGACGGUUGAAGAGGACAUACCGAACUGGAUGAAGCGUGUCACCGUUUGCAUCUUCAUGCCACUAGCCUUCUGGAAAGGCAGCUGUAUUUCUGGUGGGUGCUGCAAAAAGAAAGUGGAACCAAAUAAUGCAAGGACUAUACAAGUUGUGUCAGUAUCCAGAAUAAAGGUGAAUGUAUCUGCCGAUGAGAAAUGUCCAGAAAUCGCGCCAGAUUACGAUACCAAUUCAGAGGAAAGCAUUGAUGAUCGUCUCACCUGGCAAAUCCUCUCAAAUAUCCUUGACGCAAUGUUCUUCAACGUCUUCAUGUGGAUUAUUGUUCUAACCUCAAUCGUUUUCUUCGCCAUUCUGGCAGGCGAAUACGCCAAUAUAUAG